AUGACAUCGAAUUACGCGGACCGCAAGCACCCUGGAACCAUCUGCCUGUUCGACGUCGACGGAACGCUCUCGCUUGCCCGUCAGUCGAUCCUCCCCGAAUUCCACGCAUUGCUCGCCACGCUCCGCAAGCAGUGCGUCAUCGGCGUUGUCGGUGGCAGCGACCUGAAAAAGGUGCGCGAACAGCUUCAGAUCACGGCAACGGACUUCACUCAAGAAUUCGACUACGUAUUUGCCGAGAAUGGAUUGACGGCAUUCAAGGAUGGUCAGCAGUUGGCUUCGCAGAGCUUCAUCGGAUGGUUGGGCGAAGAAAAAUACAAGAAGCUCGCCAAGUUUUGCCUGCGGUACAUCUCCGAGUUGGAGCUGCCCGUGAUGAGGGGUACGUUCAUCGAGUUCCGUAAUGGCAUGAUCAACGUCUCGCCUAUUGGAAGGAAUGCCUCCAUCGACGAGCGUAUCGAAUUCGAAAAGUACGACAAGAUCCACAACAUCCGCACCACGUUUGUCUCGGCGCUCAAGCAGCAAUUUCCCGACUAUGGCCUCACAUACUCGAUCGGCGGACAGAUCUCGUUCGAUGUCUUCCCGCACGGCUGGGACAAGACGUACGCACUCCGAAACAUUGCGCUCCCCGGCAGCGAUGUCGAGAACAGCAAGUCGGCACAGGACCUGGGCUGGGACACGAUUCACUUCUUCGGUGACAAGACGUACAAGGGUGGCAACGAUAACGAGAUCUUUGAGGAUCCCAGGACGGUGGGGCACACCGUGUUGAACCCUGCGGACACGAUGAAACAGCUCAAGGAAUUGUUUGAUCUGGCUUGA